AUGAAUGAUAUUAAUGAAAAGGAGAUCGACUGUUAAUUGAUAAACUUAUCAAACUUAGAUGUUCUUAAUUGUUUAGAAUACAUAGCCUUCAAUUCUAAUUCUACAAUAGUAUUAGCAAUUUAAGAAAACAUUAUCAAUUCUUAUUUCUUUAAAAACAAUUAUCUAAAACGGAUUUCUAGUAUUAAAGAGUCAAGGAAAGACAAUGAUAAUCUUAAAUAACUUGAAUACUUAAAAGCUUCAAACUCAAUUUUAACAACAAAUUAAUAAAACAUUCUGAUUGCUAAACUUAAUUGUUUAAAUUCAAGAAAAUUUUUGUAGAAAAUAGGCCACGGCUUAUUUGAUGGCUGUUAAACGAUGUUAUUUAAUUAAACUUAAAACAACCUAUUUAUUAGUUGUUUUAAUUAAAUACAUUUUUUCGAAAAGAAUAUCGAAGGUUGGAAAUGCUCUCAAGAAAUUGAAGUGGGUUAUAGGGAUUAUGUGAUUUCAAUGUGUUUAAAUUUUUAAGAGGAUGAGUUGUAAAUUUAUGCUGAUGAUGGCUAUAAUUGCUCAGCUUAUAUUUAUAUUUACCAGAAAAAAACCUAAUAAUAGGAAAUCAAUUGGAUUUUAAUCCAGACAAUUAGUUUCGGAAAUGGAAUAGGAAAAUUAUGGGGAGGAUUUGUAGAUCACCUAUUCUUUUUUAACGAAGGUGUUCUUGAUGUCUAUAAAAAAUCAGAUUAAUCUUAAGACUACAUAUAAUAUGCUUCUUCUUUGCUUAAGAGUCAUUCCUCGAUCUUUUGGCAAUUUUUGCAAAAUAAAUUUGUUCUGCUGAUUGAAAAAAAUAACAGCAUUAUAGUUAUGAAAUUAAAUUUAUAGUAAAAAUUAGAGUUCAUUAAAUCAAUCACAAUAGACAUGUCUGAAUUGAUUAAUAAAUUCUCUUAUUAUUCUGAGAUAAACGCUAUUUUAACUCAAGAUGAAAAGCUUUUAGUUAUUUGGAAUAAAAAAAAAACUUUAAUCAUAAAAAUGAUUAAUAUUUGA